UCCGCAGACCAUGUUGAAAGCUGUGCCGAAUAUUGAAUCCCGGGUAAAAUUAUUGAGAACUAAAACUACUGCAAUUGCUGAUAUCUUACGUGUUAGUGGGUUUGAUUGGAACUAUGAACGUAGUACCAUCAUGUGUGAGAAAAGUGCAUAUGAUGAAUAUGUCAAGGCACAUAAGGAAGCUGCUGGUUUGUAUGGGAAGUCUUUUCCAUUUUUCAAUUAUCUUGUUGCAGUUUUUACAAAAGAUAGGGCUUAUGGCAAUGCAAGGGCUGAUAUCGGAGAUGAGGCAAGACAGGUGGAAAAUGAGGACGAUAAUAUUUUCGAGGAGGAUGUGGGUUUUUCUCAAGUGCCUAUUGAGGAAUUUUCUAUGCCUUCUCAAGAAAAUGAUGAAACUCCAUUGCCAACACCUAUGGAAUCGAACAGUAGCAGCUCAAAGACAUCUACACAAAGAAAAAGAAAAGGAAUUCCAACAGAAUCAACUAUGGACCAAAUUUCAGUAAAUUUUCGCAGUUUUGUAGAAAUGGUUGGUCCAGAAUUUAAAAUCUUGGCUGAUGCGGCAACAAGAAAUGCAGAAUCCGCAUCUCGACAUGCUGAUGCAGCUGUUCGCAAUACUGAAAUUGCAACUAUUAGAGAAGAAGCUAGGCUAGAAAUUGAAGGAAAGAAAAAAUUACUAAGUCAAGUACUUUUUAAUAUUGAAGGACUUAAUGACGAUGAGGCACUAAUCAUGUUGCAAGCGUUGGCAAAAGAUGAGGAUCAACUUAAGGUGUUCUGGGACCUUCCAAAUGACAAGAAAUUACGGUUUUGUCGCAUAUAUUUAGCCAAAAUGCCGUAUAUUCCUCCCGUGGUGUAAAUCAACCUGUAAGGAGGAACAAAAAGCGAAUAUCACCUCUCGACGUAGAAAUGGAAGCAAGG